UCGCGGCGGCGGCGGCGGCGGCGGCGGCAACGGCGACGGGACAGGUGCACCAGCCAAGCAGCAGCGGGCAUUUCAGUUGAUCGUGAGCAACGACGGCGCUCGGUUAUCCACGCGCGUAUCACACAUAUGCACAGUGGAUACUGCACACAGCGUAUAUUAGCGUAUACAUAGCAUUCGCAGCGCGGCGGAGAGGAGGAACAUUGUUAUAUAGGCAGCAAAGCAAAAGAAGAAUUUCGGUAAAACGCGCGUCGUCGUCUCCCGUCCGUUCUGUCGCGUCUGCGAGUGCGUAUAUAUGUUGUUCAGUGAACGCGAGUGCGUGUAUUAGACGCUCUUGUGCGCGCCCGUGGGAAAUCGCGAAUAAUAACGCCGCUAUAAUACAAGCACGCGCGUCGUAUCGAGAGCGAGAGCCGAGCAGCCUUAGAUUAUUUUUUACGUAUAACGUAUCGAUAUGUGGCGCAAUCGGAAAAUUGCGAUUUUUUCGUAAUUAACGAGAAAAAAAAAAUCUUUUUUAGUCGGCCACCGCACUCUUGCUUAUACGUUGAGUGUGUGGCCCCCGCCGCGGCCGUUCCCAUCUACUGCUGCUUCGUUAUAUUAUGAUAAUAGCAGCAGCUAGUAUAAUAUAGCCGUUGCCUAGUAGUAGUAGCAGCUCGACGCGCGAAGGAGAGAACGCGAUACGAGAGAGAGAGAGACGCGCUCUACCAGUGUAUAAUAUCGCAGUGUUGUGUGUGUGUGUGUUCGAAACCAGUGCAGCAGCCCGUGCGUGCGAAAAAUCGCAUCGUGUUAGCAACAGCAACGAAGAAAAAAAAAAUGAAAAUAACGUUCGUUGGUUAGCGAGCGCAGAGAGAAACAAGAAUUUCGAGAGAUUCUUUGGAUAAGUGUGUAGUUCAAUAGUGUUUCUAUAUGCGUGAGUGAAUUCAAUAAUAAAAAGUGAAAUAAUCAAGAUCCGAUUUGGUUCGUUAUUUGUUGUUGUAAUCCAGUAGUAGUGCAACGCUAACACACCCGUGAGAAAGAGGAGUAUAAUGAGCGAGGGUAAUCCGCGCGCUCCCGAGGGGGGUGUGCGAGGAGAAACUACGACAUCCUCGACUAGCGCGACCGGCAAUAGCAGCAGCGGUGGUGCUAGCAGCAGCGGCACCAGUGCCAGCAGCGGUAACAGUAACAAUACUACCGCCACUACCAGCCACGGUGUUGUCGGUGGCGUCGGUGGUGGUGGUGGUGGUGGUGUUGGCUCAGCGACGACCGCUGCAACCUCGUCGUUGGCGUCGUCCAAGAGCGGAGUCUCCUCGACUUCUAGCGGAAGCAUCGGCCACAUCGGCGCCUCGUCGUCGUCGUCGUCGAGCCACGCGGGGUGUGGCUGCCUCUUGGCCGCUGCCGCCAGAAGCAGCCUCAACGCAGUGACUGCUGCCGCGGCAACGCCCUCGAACAGUGGCAGCGUCAUGCCGACCGAUCCGAACAUAACCAUCAGCAUAACCCCGACGACGGGCGGCCAGUUCGACCUGGUGGUCGACAAGCGCGAGAGCAUCGAGAGUCUCAAAAAGAUCAUCUCGAAGAAGCUCAAGGUCGCCAAGGAGCGCAUAUGUCUGCUGCAUCGCGAGAGGCAAUUGAGGGACGGAUCGCUGGAAGAGAACAGGCUGCAGGACGGCAGCAGAUUGACACUGUUACCGAGCGUCGAAACCGGAUUACUGAAUCCCGCGCGUUAUCGGCCGCGCCGCUCGAGCAGCCCGUCGUCUUUGGGCCUCAUGUCAAAUUGGAAAAGGCUGCGCAAACGAUUUAAGUCCCGAGUGCAGGCAAUGGUGGCGGCAAUGGCAGCGGCGACGGCGGCGGCGACGAAGGCAGCUUCGGCGUCGGCGGCAACAACAACAACAACAACAACAACAAUACCAAUACCUCCUGCAUUCACAACAACAAUAUCAACAUCAACAAAAUCAACAACAAGCACUACUCCUAUUGGCACUACUACUAUCGCUAGCGCUACUGCUACGCCCAAUAAUAGCGUUGAAGUCUACGGGCAGAGCAGCAACAGCAGCCACCACAACAAGCUACAGCAUAGCGUUACGCUCUGCUUGCAGGCCCAGCGUCCGGAGCAGUCGGUCAUGCAGGCACUGGAGAGCCUGAGCGACUCGCAGGUCAACGAUUUUCUGUCGGGCAAGGCGCCGCUCAAUCUCACCAUGCGACUCGGCGAUCACAUGAUGCUGAUACAGCUGCAGCUGAGCACGGUGACGCCCGCGACGACGAGCGUCGUGGCCCAGGUGCCGCCCAGCGGCGCCGGUAGUCAGCAGCAGCAGCAACAAGUCAGCAACAAGCCUAUGGUCACAUCGUCGUCGUCGUCGUCGUCGUCCGCGACGUCGACGUCCAGUUUUCCAGCAGGCUGCAAAGUUCAACAACCCUCGCCGCAACAACAGCUGACGUCCUUGGAGUCGGCCACUCCCGACUCGUCGAUUCACACCGUCUCCAAGCGGCCGUCGUCGUCGAAUUGCGCCACGACGAGCGGCAGCAGCAGCAGCAGCAGCAGCAGCAGCAGCAGCAGCAGCAGCGGGUCUGCUACGAGUAGUACAUCGACGAGUCCGCAGCAACAGCCACAACCGCUCAAAUUAUUGUCACCGGUGACGACGCCCACCACCGCUACUACGGGCGUCAGCAGCAACAGCAGUAGCGUCUUCGACACGCCGAGCCCGACGCCACCCAGCACGCCGACCUCGCCCACGAUCGUCUUCUGUCCACAGUCGCAACAACAGCAACAGCAGGCGUCUUCGCCCGCGGCCAGUUCGUCGCCUACGCCAUCGUCGGCUACGUCGACGGCUGCAUCCACGUCGUCCGUCGGUCGGGCGUCGCCGCGCUACCGUCAGACUCUGAUGUCGGCGAGGCAUCCCUAUCACCAUCAUCAUCACCACCAUCACCAUCACCAGCAUCAAAUAACCACGCAUCAGCAGCAGCAGCAGCAGCAGCAGCGACCCUCCACGCGCAAACACAGCCAAGGAAAAUCGCCCUGUUGCAACGCACAGCAGGCCUGCAGCAGCAGCAGCAGUCCGGCGUCCGAGCUCUCGGUCACCCUCAAUCAGCAGCAAUGCGACUGCGUUAAAUUGCCAAAGAAAAAGCACCCGCAGCAGACGGCUGUGUCGGCGACGACGACCAGCGGCGGUGCAGCGACUGUAGAUCAAGCGCAGCAUCACCAUCAGCCGCCGCAGCAACAGCAGCAGCCUCAGCUCAGCGGGGCAAUGGCGCCGGGUGUGGCUCAUCAUCAUCAUCAUCAUCAUCAUCAUCAUGCAACAGCCGCCGCCGACAUGACGUUGCCCGAGGCGGUCGCGAUGAGCGGGGCUGCCGCGGCGGCGAGCCCCAAUGCAGCGACGCCCACCCUCGACACGCGGGCCCUCGUUGAGGCUUCGCGAAAUCUGACGCAGAAGCUGAAGCAGCUGUCGUCCGAGGAGAACGCGAAGCGUCGCCAGGGAGCCAUAAUCGAGAGCAUGCAUCAUCACGGCAAGGGCGUCUACACCGGAACGUUCAGCGGCACCCUGAAUCCGGCCCUGCAAGACCGUCACGGCCGACCGAAGCGUGACAUCAGCACGAUCAUUCACAUACUCAACGAUCUGCUCUGCGCCACGCCCGCGACCAGUCCCAACGGCCACUACAGGUAUCACAGGCCGGCGGCGGCCGCGUCCUCGUCCAGCGGCGGCGGCGGCGGCGGUAAUGGCGGUGGCAGCCAUCAUCAUCAUCACCAUCACCAUCAUCAUCACCAUCAUCAGCGUUCCUCCUCUACGGCGACGGCCACGCAGAGUUCCGCGACGGCGUCUGCGGCGGCCUCGUCCACGGUGGCUCCCGUUGCCAAUGCCGUGCAGUUCGUUGCUAACGCGCCCGUCACCUCGAUCGUUGGCCAGCCAACGCCGAUCGAACUGCUCAGCUCGACCAGUAGUAACGCCAACAAUGCCUAUCCAUUGUCGCCCGACGCUGUGCCGCACAAUAAUGACGAGCUGUCCAGAGAAAACGAGGCAACGAAGGGAAAGAUGGAGCGUCUCCGUCUCGUCAUGGAGCAACGACGCGAGAAGAUGCGCGCGAGGCGACAAGCUCGCGCGGCACCUUACACGACCAAAUGGGCGGCGGUGCCAAAUCCGGAUCCCAACGCCUCGGCUUCGGCCUCGACGGCGGCCAGUGCGAACGCCAACAAAACGACGGCCGACGGCCAAAGCGAACCCGAACUACAACCUUGCAGUCCCGAACCCGUUAUAGCUUAGUUGAAGCAGUCGACGAUUGCAAAGUCGUGCGUUUGAGGAAGAAAAUAGUAGUAUCACUGAUUCAAGUGAACCUCGCCAAUAUAAAAUUCGAUACGAACAUUGCGGUUACAACAGCCCGUAUGUGGUCGGAUACAUUAUUAAAUAAUUAUCCUUUUUUUUUGUUUUUUUAUUUGUUUUUGUUUUAAAUGACGUAUUUUUCGUACGUCUUCCUGUGAGGAUCGAUUGUAAGCACGACCAAAAUGUAGCUAAAUAAACUCAAUUUGAGGUUUUAUGAUCGAUUGAUCAUUUUGAAAGCAACAAGCAGAAGCUAUCAAUAUACAUAUUAUAAAUAUAUAAAUAUAUAAAUAAAUACUACAUGAAUAUAUAGAUUAAGUUUAGCUAAAUAAUUGUAAUACAUGUAAAAGAAAAGCGAGUCAACGCAACCAAGUUGGCGUACUAUGAUUAACUAUGCAAAGUAGGUUUAUAUGUUUGUAAUAAUUGAAGAAAUCGAUAUAUCGAGGCUUUGGUGUAGGAAAUUGAAAAUCUUGCACCACAUCAUCGAAAUUAACAUUGUAUCACCUUCUAUCUUUCUAUAUCUGUGUGCUGUGACGCUUUUGUUCCUUUUUGUAAAAAAAAAACUACCACUUGUUUAUUUGUUUAAGCGUUGUGUACCUAUAUGCUGCUAAUUCACAUAUAUUUAUAUUAUAAAUAAGGAAAAAAAGUUAAUCGACGCCCAACCACGUCCAACAGAAAGGUUUUCCUCCAACGAUGCGAGGUGGUAUUAGCAUUUCAACUUUUAAUACCCAUCGUUACUAUGGUGUAUGGCUUAUUGUUACGAAAAAUUCUAGAGAAGUUGUAACUACGUUUGGUUACGUGAGCGGACUCCAAGCCUCUUUUCUGAUGUAUGAAUUGUAGUUAAUUAAUGGAAUAAGAUACAGAACGUAAAAUAUGCCGAGCAGUCAUACACGUACACUCACUUGAAUGAAAAAAAUAAUAUUGCAAAAGUGUUCACUCAAACGAUGUUACUUUGUUUUUUAUAAAGUACAUCUUACAUGAAUAUAAUUUUUAUAUAAAAACAUAAGACGCAGAAUUUUUGAUCGUUUUGUUGUUUUCUUGUUAAUCUGCUGAAAGCCUCCAACCGCGAUUGCGUACUCGCAUGUGAAAUGGACCACUUUGCUCGAUUGAUGACAACCUUUUUUUAAAAUCUGAACCAUUGUCACAUUCAUGGUCAUUCAUGUAAAAUAGUAGCGUGAAAAAAUUCAAUUCAAUGGCUUGUGAGUGCUACUGUGGUUGUUCAAGUUUAUUAGGCACUAAAUACCGCAUCACUUCCUAGGUGUAACUAUAGAUUUUUCUUAGGCAAAUUAUUAUUGUACUGUCUUAUUAUUAUUACUAUCAUUAUUAUGAUAUUCAUUAAUAUUAUUGUCAUCAUUAUUAUCAUCAUUAUUAUUGUCAGCUCGAGACGUUGGUUAUCCAUAAAUAGCUAUACAAAUAUUUUCAUUGCAUUUCCACCAAUGAAGAUAGUGUAAUGUAAAUAAUAAAAGUAUUUGAACUUUGUCCGAGUACCAAAAUGAUGAAUGAGAACUGCUUGAUAAGUCAAGUACAUAGUCGAACUGCGAUUUUGCUUGAAUUUGUAUCUAGGCGUCUUGACCACGGCGUUACAUGUUGCUUAUUUGUUAUAAUCGUUGUUAUUGCGCUAAAAAGUUGCUUUAGCUGAAUUCGGUUCUUGAAAGAUCGCUUGUCCAAGCUUUAGUCUUGAUCAUUCUUAGUAAUUGAAUCAAUAAGCAAUUUUUUUUACUUAAAAAGCAAGAACUUUACUUUCUUCUUGUUCUUUCGUUGUGAUAUAAUAUUGAAAGAUUGUAAGAUGAUCGAGAUCACAGAAGCAGGAGAAACUUUCUUCAAAGUAAUAUUGACUAGUGUAAUAUUAUAUGAUGUGUAUUAUAUAAUGCUGCAUUAGUUGUUAAUAAUUACGAAUGCAAAAAUGUAUUCGAGUUGAGUUUAUUAAAUAUUUCAAUAUUUUUAGGAAAACAAUUAGUUGUUUAAACUUCCUUUAUUAAAUUAUCAUUUUAUACUACAUGUGAUUGUAGAAAUCUGUCGAUGUUUUGUGUGGCGCAAUUACAGUUUUAUAUCUUGAUUAAUUUCUGUAUUAAUCGCAGUAUGAACUUGAUGACAAUACAAUUAUAAAAAGAAAAAAAAAUCAUCAAGAUAACUCCGUGGUCUUCUUGGUGUAAGGUUAAAAAGCAAGUGUACAAUUUUCGUAUACACGCGAUACGAUUAGAAAAUACUUUUUUGAUUGUUUUUCGAUUAGCGCUGUCAAUAAAUCAAAAAUGCUGCAUUAAAAA